AUGGUCAACGUCUGGGGAUGCGUGGACGGAACUCACGUGAAGGUCCACCCUCCACAGUUGGGAGAAGACAGCUACCUCAAUCGGCAUCAUUUUCAUUCCCUCAACUGCCAAGUGGUUUGUACUAGCUCUUUAGAGAUCUGUUCCCUCACCACAAGAUGGGGUGGGAGAGUGCACGACAGUCGAGUUUUCCGUAAUUCGACACUUGGUAGAAGGUUGGAGAGUGGAUGGCGGCCGGACAAUCGUGACGUUGUGUUACUUGGCGACAGUGCAUAUCGAGCAAGCGACUUCCUCAAAACUCCUGUGUCUAAGGCUGGUGGACGAGUUCUAUCUGCUCAAGAGAGGGCGUACAACGAGAGGCAUCGACGAACGAGGAGUGUCGUUGAGCGAUGCAUAGGGGUCUUGAAAAGCCAACUCAGGUGCCUGAAGGACUUGCGCAUCAGGGGGCCGAGGCUAACAGGAGAGACCUCGAUGGUGCUCACUAGUAACGCCAUUAGAGCUUGUGUAGCCUUGCGCAACUUCUUCAUUGCCAACAACAUCGAAAGAGAAGAGGAGCCGGAUUCCGACAUCGAUAUAGAUGAUGACGAUGAUGAUGAUGAUGGUCUCGGCUCCUCAUCCGAGAACUCCGAGCAGUAG